AUGGCGGAGGUGUUGUAUUGGAUCUCAACGUUUAUCCUCAUUUUGACCCUUCUUUGUAUCCUCGGCUACCAGCUUAUAUUAUUGGUGGACCUGGAGUUUGAUUAUAUCAAUCCAUAUGAUUCAACAUCUCGGAUAAACCAGGUUGUGGUGCCAGAGUUUAUUAUCCAAGGAAUCUUCUGCUUCACCAAUCUUAUUGCUGGACAUUGGUUUAUAUUCCUCGUAUCUCUACCUUUCCUGUAUUACGACCUGAGAUUGUACAGUAGAAAAGAACACUUAGCAGAUGUUACUGAAAUAUACAAUAAGUUGAGUGGGGAGAAAAAGAAGCGGUUUUACAAAGUUGCAUAUCUUAUUGUGGUAUUCGUAAUGUCUGUAAUAAGCUUGGUGUGGACCCUUACCGAGGAUGUGCAUUAA